AUGGCUGCUUUCAGAGCACAUGAUUUAGAAAACUCUGAAAGGAAUAAACAAUCCACACAAGGUACUUCGAAACGAAAUAGCCCGAAACAAAAUGCUACAGCACAGCAAAGCACGCAGGCUCCUAUGUCGUCACUAAGAACGUCUCAUGUGAAUAAUGACUCUCUUAGCCAGGUCUCUCAGAAAGGUUUCAUUCCAAGACAAAAUGCAUCAGCCAAUACCGACCAAGCAUCUAAUACUUUACAUUCAAACUACAAGCCUCUCUUACCGCGACAUAUAAGAGCGUCUUUAAAACGUUCUUUGGCCGAUCUUUUGAAUGACGAUGAGCCACCAUUCGCUAAGAGACUAGACAAUAAACAGAGAGAAUAA